CUCAACACCUCCAUUGUUCUCAUCCUCUCUUUUCUACACCUCGCCUUGUUGGAAAAGUCCCUCCUCGUCUCUCGUUCAAUGACACUACGUCGCCCACGAUCUCUCUCAGCAACUCAUCCGCUGGCCUCUUCCUCCCUCUUCGGUUGUCACCUGCCCAAAACCCAGCUUCCUUCCUGAAGCCUCUGGGUUCAAUCGACUGCAGCUUGAAGCCUUCCUCGACGACACUCGCUUUAACAACCCUCACUUGAUUGCUUCCUUCGACACUGCCACUACUACCAUCUCACUGCGCCACUACUCGAAUCUCUCUUGCUACAUCACCUGAUCCCUUGAUCUUCCACUUUUUGGCAUACACCAAUUUCUCUUUUUCACCUAGAGUUGUUCAUCCUACUACCCUACCCUCCACGAGCGAUGAAUCGUCCCAACUUCAUCGAACUCCCCGAAUCAAACUCUCGCUCUGCCAGCGCUCUCUCCAAAAAUGGACUACCCUCUCCUCGCAUCCAACAUUACGAUGGCGAUGUCCCACCCACAAUGUCACCCUUGGACGCCAUUGCUGCAAGAAGUCGGAAACUCGCUCGGGAGCUGGAAGAAACAAGAAAGGCUGGUGAGGGACGUGUGAGCAGACUGGCUCCUGAGAUUGUCACCGAUUCUUUGACCGAGCACCAGAACAACCGUCCUCCCAUCUUCCGUGCUCUUUCUGAAGGUGCUGAUGUCGUGCCUCCCUUGCCCUCCUUCUCAAACCAUUUCGAUCAUUCGGGGAGUCUUCCCCUUCUCGCCAAUCCCACUAGUCGACCGGUGUCUCAACAUGUCCGAAUGAGUGCUGUCCACAACCGCGAAGAUUCACAUACCAAACAAGAUCCAAUUCCUGAAUCUUUUUCAUCCGAGUCUAAAGACUAUUUCGGCUUCACCAGGGUAGAGUCUCCGGCGCCCAUGGACGAUAAGGCUUCUCAUUCAUUCACAAAAAGGUCUUCGAACCCUCUAUCCAACCCGCAAUUCAGUCUAUCUCGACCCGACCUCACUCUCAAUUUGGCUCCGCCUCGCUCAUCCUCACAUCGUUUACGACCCUAUCAAGAUGCUUCCGACGACGACUACCCUAGUUCCAAUGCUGGCUCGACCUUUUCUCAAUCCAGGAACCUUUCCUCUAGUAGUGGCAUGUCUCCUCCCCAAUCUCCCAUGUCUCCCUAUUCCCACUCUCAUGGUCGUACUCCGUCAUCCAACUCGCUUGGUUCCCCAUCUCUUGGCAGCGCACGCAACUUUUCGCGACCCAUGAGCUCAGCCAGUAUGCAAAACCUUCGAUCAGAGAAGAGCCCUGUCAAGUCAGCAAUGUCCAUGCACCUACGACAAACCAGCUCUUUUGACGCCUCUAAUGCUCCUCGGGGCUUCAUGGCUGGCCAAGUCAAUUACACCCACUCCAUAUAUCCUUUGCCCCGUGGUCGAAAUGUCUCAGAACGAGACUCAACCGUCUUCACAGGACUUGCCACUCCCCAUUUCGAAUGGCAGGAACCCAUGUUCCCCGGAACACCGCCUCUCCAAGGCAAGAAAAGUCACGAGCUAGCUGUUCCUUCACCCUUGGGAUCUGCCCGACCGAGCCGAGAGGGAGAACGUUCAGGCUUUUCCUUUGAUCUUGACGCCGAGAAUGGCGUGACCCAAGUCUCUGCUCGACCAUCCACCUCGUAUACCCCAACGGGUUCUCUUCGUUCAAAUGAAUCCUCCACAACAAAGCCCUCGACAGGUCUUCCGCCACCGACUUCCUACUUUCUCCCCCCACCCGCUCCGUUGUCUCCCGUGGCCGAAAUGUCUCUUUCUUCUCGUUCCAACAGCACAAUUCGCCCCACCACUUCACGUACCACGACUAAUCACCCGGGUCUCGCCGAGGAGCAUGUCAAUAAAGCCAUCGAGUUGCAUGAAAGUGGCUCAUUGAAGGAGUCGACAUAUCAUUUGCGAAUCGCUGCCAACAAGGGACAUCCCACUGGCAUGCUCUUAUAUGCACUCGCUUGUCGUCAUGGCUGGGGGAUGCGUGCCAAUCCUAGAGAAGGCGUACAAUGGCUUCGAAAGGCGGUCGAUUCUGCCAUGCAUGAGGUUGCUGAAGACGAGGAAGACACUGCUCCCAAGUCUACGGCAAGUUCAAUGGAGAAGAAAGCUCAUCGCGCACAGUUUGGAUUGGGAAUUUACGAACUGGGCAUGUCUCAUCUGAAUGGUUGGGGCACCGAAGUGGACAAACCCCUGGCUUUGAGAUGCUUUGAGAUUGCCAGUAAUUGGGGCGAUACGGAUGCUUUGACAGAAGCUGGUUACUGCUAUGCUGAAGGCAUCGGGUGCAAAAAGGACAUGAAGAAGGCCGCCAAGUUCUAUCGUAUUGCUGAAUCCAAGGGCGUGAGCAUGAUUGGAAACAGUUGGAUUCACAAGGAAAAAUAUAACGAAACCGCCCAGGAUGUCGAUAAUGAUCGAUCGAGAUCUUCACGGAAGUCAUCUGCCGAAAAGCCGCGAAGCAAAUCCAAGUCUCGCAGCAUUUUUGGAAAGAAAAAGACCGUACAUACUUGAAAACAGCAUGCUGUCCGUCAUGUACACAUGGUCUAUCGGGGUUCGUCUGAGAUACGCAGCGUGUGGUAAUCCUAAUUACAUUUUGAUUUCUAGAGCCGGUGCUUGCUGUGACAUGCACCGUGUCUUUUAUGUUGACAUGCAUCAUGAAUCUAAAGUGGAUUUUUUUGGAGCGUUGGAAGUUUGAGACUUGGGGCAGACGACCUUGCAUUGUGUCCCUGGAGGACACUCGUUUCGCAGAUAGGUACUGUUGUUGAUCGGCCAUGGUGGUGAGCUUGAUGUGAAGCCUACUGGCCGGUCACCUUUUCUGAGGAUAUAUGAAAUAUAUUCAUACAAACAAGACAUGAA